AUGAUUGAUCGGCCGAAAAGACGAGCCUCUAUUAGGAUUUGCUCGUGGCAACUAGGAUGGGACUCUAGCUUCUUGGAGUUGUGGUCAUUUGCAAGGGAUAAAAACGAUUAUUGUGAUAGAGAAAGAGAAGAUGAAAAACUUGUUGAGAUAGAGAAAGAGAAGAGACUUGCGUUGAUAGAUGCGUGGGAAGAGAACGAGAAGGCAAAAGCUCAAACCAAGGCUUACAAAGAACUUUGCUCCAUUGAAUCAUGGGAGAACAAUACGAAGACAGCUCUAGAGUUAGAUUUGAAGAAAAUGGAGGAGAGUUUAGAAGUGGAGAAAACUGAAUACUCAAAAAAAUUCAAGAAAAAAAUAGCUGAAAUUGAGAAGAUUGCAGAAGCCAAAAGAGAAAAAAUAGAGAAACAAAAGGAGCAAGAAUCUAUCAAAGUGAAAAAAAUAAGUGAGAAGCUAAUUGCAACUCCAAAUGCAUAUCCACCCAACACCAAAACCUGUGGAUGUUUCUAAAACAUUUAUAUCCUCCUUUCAUGGGUCACUUUUCGGCCCAUCAAACAUCUUAUUGGGCUUCCCUUAUACCCAAACAAAUAAUGAAAAGAAUCUGUGUGUAAGGUGUGAACUUUGAAGCAUCAGUGUAUCAUUCAAUCAUGUGUAAUUGUGUAUGUAAUAUGACUCUAUGAGUCAUGCAUUCAUGCUCAAUUUCUGUAAUAA